AUGAGGAGAAUCGGCAGAGCGAGCGUUCUCGAUCUUCUGAUAAAGAAGAAAAUGAUGACAAGUCGCAAGUGUACAGUUACGGGUAGGAAGCGUGAUCGAGAAAGAAUUCGCGAUGAUGAUGAUGAUAAGAAUAGGCGGAGAGGAAAAUUGGAGGGGAAUUCUGAAUCGUCUGAUGAAUCAGAAGAGAAGAGGGACAACGAAGAUAAGAGGGGUGAAAGGGAUAGAAGUAAUAGAUAUAGAAAUAGGGAUCAAAGCCGUCGCUCAUGGCAUGAUUCGAAUAAUGAGGACGAGGAUCGAAGAAUAAGGUCCCGCAGAAAAACCGGAGAGAAUAGAAGUGAUGAUAGGAAGCCAGAAUCUGAAAAUGAUUUGAAUGGAAAUAGGGAUCGACAUUGUCAUUCACGGCAUCAUUCGGAUGAUGAUGGUAAUGAGGAUGGCCGUAGAAGGUCCCUCAAAAGUACGGAAGUAGAGAAUAGAAGUGAUGAUAGAGUGCUGGAAUCUGAAAAUGAUAGGUGUAGAAAUAGGGAUCAAAGUCGUCAUUCACGGCAUGAUUCUGAUGAUGAUAGUUGUCGUAACCGGUUUUCGCCAGGACACGAAUUUUCCUAG